AUGAGCCCAUAUGGCUUCUACCCUCCGUAUCCUUACUAUCCCUACUUUCCCCCAAUGUAUCAUCCAACCUAUCACCCAUACUGUCCAGGACCAAUACCAGCUGCUCAGCCAUCAGAACUCACUGGUUUGAAUACCGAGAGAGAGAACAGCAGAAUUCCAGACCCAUUCGGAGGUGGAGGAAAUGUCCAAAUUUAUCCAUUGCGCACACCUGUCAUACCAGACAAUGAAGUGAGGUUUUUAUUCUUUUUGCAUUUCCACCUUGGAGAAACUCUGUCAUAACU